CACCGCUUUUCUCUCGUUAAUUAUUCUAUCUUGUUCGAACACGAACACGAACACCAACACCAACACCAACAAGGCGUAGAGUCGUUUUUCAUCACUCCCAAAUUCGCCGGAGGCUCACCGGAAAAUGACAACGUACGGCACAAUUCCGACAUCGUCAGGAGGCACUAACGUUGAAUUCAUUUCCCGCGCAAAAGAGAGACUCAAAUCGGGCCUAGCCACACGUCGGCCAUGGAAGGAGAUGUUCAACCUCCGAUCAAUCAACCUUCCGUCGGGCUUCAAAGAUGCAAUCGGACGGAUCAGAACAAACAUCGCGUACUUGAGCAUGAACUACGCAAUCGUAGUUCUAUUUAUUCUGCUUCUGAGUCUUCUUUGGCACCCGAUCUCGUUGAUCGUGUUUAUCAUCAUGAUGGUUGGUUGGUUGUUUUUGUAUUUCCUUCGUGAUGAGCCGCUGGUGCUUUUUGGCCGUACGAUCGGCGAUCGUGUGGUGCUGAUUGUGUUGUCGGUUGUUACAAUCGUUUUGCUGUUGUUGACUCACGCCACUUCCAACAUAUUGGCGUCGCUCUUGAUUGGAGUGGUGCUGGUGUUGAUUCAUGCGGCGUUGAGGAAGACUGACGACUUGUUCUUGGAUGAAAAGGCCGCUGGGACUGGUGGUUUGUUGUCUGGUGCUACUUCUUCUAAGGGGAGGGCUUAAUUUUGCUGCAAGUUGCCCAAUCCGGUCAGUGCCUGAAAAAUAUCAAGCAAGAUUUACCAUCAUUGAUGUUUCUUUGCAGUUUUUCAAGUCUGCAAAAUUGUAUCACCAAAGAUGAAAAAUGUUAUUUUAAUUUA